UCGAGUGUUGUUCGAUUGCCUGAAGAAGUGAAUUCCCAUCACUAUAGCAUUUACCAAAAACAGCUGUUCGCCCAUUACGCAAAAGUUUAUUUUAUUCAUUUUGUUUAUUAAAAAUGUCGCUUUUGGGCGCUUUUGCUAGAUUAGGAUUACAGAGGUGCGGAGGAGCCGCCGGUGCCGCUGUCGCACGCUGCCUCCACACGACUCCGGUUCUCUGCGCUGAACCCCUUAAGAAAAAAAAGAAAUUGGAUCCACAGAUCGUCAAACAGAGGGAGGACCGGAAGAAAAAGAAGAUCGAGAAGCAGAUCCGCAGGCUGGAGAAGAAUGCACGCCAGCUGAAGCCUGUGGAGGAGCUGGAGGUGCCACUGGAGCUUAUUGACGAGAAAGAAAAACGGCAAAGGAAGCUUACGCCCCUGGGAAGCGCUGAGCUGGAAGAGCGAGCACUGCUAAAGAAGCAGUGGGCGCACUAUAAGCACGACGAGCGGGUGGCGGACUUCCAGAUCGUCGACCGCUUGAUUCAGGCACAGAACAAGGCAUUGGCCGAACUGCGCCGCGAGUCUGAGGAGCUGUAUCAGGCUGCCAUUGAAGUGGAUCCCCAGCUACUGCCCGUCGCCGUUAAGGGGCCUGUGGCCACUCCCCCCAUCAAGAACUAUGCCAGUCCAGAUGGCGACUACCUGCACCAGUCCAUGAAGUGGGAGGUGAAGUGAGCUGCACGUGUGGAUUCCCCGACAUGUUUUCUGAAAAGUUUGCAGGUGCCUGAGGUCAAAGAUUUCAAAUAAACAGAACACCUAAUUAA